UUCCGUUAGCUGGACGGUUGUCUCAUCGUUUGACAGCUGGCUCAGACAGGAGCUGUGCCGCUCGGCAGAGGACUGUGGAUGGACUGUACAUCCUUCCUGAGGAUAUUUUACUGAAGCGGCUGAGAGCACCGGACCGAACCUGUACCACAUCGCCCCGGUCCGGCCAUGGACGAGCAGGCGGGCCCCGGUGUCUUCUUCAACAACAACAACAGCUCGGGGCUGCCCGGCGGUGGGAAUAUUAAAGCUCCGCAGCCUGGCGACGUCGGUGGCGGAGAGGCGGCCAGGGCUCAGUACAGCAUCCCGGGGAUUUUACACUUUCUCCAGCACGAGUGGGCCCGCUUCGAGGUGCUGAGGGCGCAGUGGGAGGUCGAGCGGGCCGAGCUGCAGGCUCAGAUCGCCUUCCUGCAGGGGGAGAGGCGGGGUCAGGAGAACCUGAAGAAAGACCUGGUGAGACGAAUCAAGAUGCUGGAGUACGCCCUCAAACAGGAGAGGGCCAAAUACCAUAAGCUGAAAUAUGGGACAGAACUGAACCAGGGGGAGAUCAAACCACCGAGUUAUGAUUCAGAUGAGGGGAAUGAUAGUGAGGUUCCCAGUCCUCCAAACAGCAGCCAUCAGCUCAGCUGGAAACAAGGACGGCAGCUGCUCAGACAGUACCUGCAGGAGGUGGGAUACACAGACACCAUCCUGGAUGUGAAGUCUCAGAGGGUGAGAGCGCUGCUCGGUCUGACCGGAGACUCAGGAGACAAACCUUCAGAGAGGAAAACCGAACCCAUGGUGAACGGCACCGAACCGUCCUCUCUGAAGGACAGCGGCAUGGUCAGUAAACCCGACAUGUCGGACUCAGCCACCGUGUUGGAGGCCUUCAAGUUCAUAGAGAGCGCCGCAGCAGAGUUCAGCGACGAGGACGAGGAGGACGACAGUGAAGGGAGGGACAAAACCAUCCUGGACCUGGCUGCGAUGGUGAAGAAGAAACAGUCAUCAACACCGUCUUCCACGACCUCUGACCUCAGCGACGACCCCGACACAGAGGAGGCCCUGAAGGGGUUCGACUUCUUGGCCAGUCCAGACGAGCUGGAUGGAUCCCCUGAGUCCAGGAGCGGCGAGGACAGCGGAGAGUGGGAGAAGGAAGAGCAGUCUCCUCUGGGUGAACUGGCUUGGGACGUGGACCAGGGACUGAUAGCCCAGCUCAAGGAGCAGUACAGGAAGGAACGCAAGGGCAAGAAGGGGGUGAAGAGACCAAACCGGUCUAAGCUGCAGGACAUGCUGGCUAACCUGCGGGAUGCUGAGGAGCUUCCCUCCAUGCAGCCUCCUGUGACGCCCCCCUCCAGGCCCAGUGUCCCCAGGCUCAACGAGCACGAAGUGGGGCGCCCAGACGACGAGCCGAUGGCGUUCCUGCCGUCAUCUGGGAAGUCGUUCAUCCUGGGCCGAGUGGACGAGGCGGUCUCUAACGAGCUGGGACUGGGAGAACUGGCCGGGCUGACCGUUGCCAACGAGGCCGACAGCCUGGCGUAUGAUAUCACCAACAACAAAGACGCUUUGAGGAAAACCUGGAACCCCAAGUUCACCCUGCGAAGCCACUUUGACUCGGUCCGGAGUCUGGCCUUCCACCCGGUGGAGCCGGUCCUGGUCACUGCCUCCGAGGAUCACACCCUCAAACUGUGGAACCUCCAGAAGACGGCGCCGGCCAAGAAAUGUGCUGCUUUAGAUGUGGAGCCCAUCUACACGUUCAGAGCCCACAGCGGGGCCGUGCUGUGCGUCACCAUGAGCUCGAGCGGCGAGCAGUGCUUCAGCGGGGGCGUGGACGGCACCAUCCAGAGCUGGAACACCCCCAACCCCAACAUCGACCCCUACGACUCAUAUGAGCCCUCGGUCCUGCGGGGGGCGCUGUGCGGCCACACAGACUCGGUGUGGGGUCUGGUCUACAGCUCGGCUCAUCACCGCCUCCUCUCCUGCUCGGCUGAUGGGACGGUGCGGCUGUGGAACGCCGCCGACAUUUCGCCAUGUCUCGCUGUUUUCAACGACAGAGGAGAGCUCGGGGCGCCGACCUCGGUGGACCUGGUGAGCAGCGAGCCGGCUCACAUGGUGACGUCCUUCACCACCGGACACAUCGGGCUCUUCAACAUGGAGACGCAGCAGCUCGUCCUGAAGCUGGACUCUGCCGGACCACCAGGUGAGUCACCAGAGGCUCCCUGCAAGAUCAACAAAGUGCUGAGUCACCCCACGCUGCCCAUCACCAUCACAGCUCAGGAGGACCGGCACAUCCAGUUCUUCGAUAACAACACAGGUAAGCUGAUCCACUCCAUGGUCGCCCACCUGGACUCUGUCACCUGUCUCGCUGUGGAUCCAAACGGACUGUACCUCAUGUCUGGAAGUCACGACUGCUCCAUCCGUCUGUGGAACAUGGAGAGCAAGACGUGCAUCCAGGAGUUCACCGCCCACCGCAAGAAGUUUGAGGAGUCGAUCCACGACGUGGCGUUCCACCCCACCAAGUGCUACAUCGGCAGCGCCGGGGCCGACGCGCUGGCCAAGGUGUUCGUAUGACCGGAAACCGACUGACUGUGCAGCUCAGAGGCCGAGCGGACAGGACGCGCUGUGAUGGAAGAAGGUGGAGUCAGGGUGCUGCGUGUUUGUUUUUUAGAGAGAGAUGGAGGAGUGACAGGUGGCAGUAACCCAGACUUCUCCUUCAUGAUUGGUCAAAUAUUUAUCCCCGCCCACCUCCUGGACUCGGGCUGGCCUGGGUCCCAAAAACAAACCAACCUCUGAAUGAGACGAUGAAUGAAGUAAAAACAGGAUCGCUCUGCACGUUUUACAGAAGCCGGAAUCCUGGACGCUCCUGAGAGCAGCCUGUCUGUCAGGAUCAUGUGCCUUUUUUCUGCAGAGCGUCGGUUCUCUUAGCUGCGGAGGUUUAGAGGAUGUGGAGGUUUAGAGGAUGUGGAGGUUUAGAGGAUGUGGAGGUUUAGAGGAUGUGGAGGUUUAGAGGAUGUGGAGGUUUAGAGGAUGUGGAGGUUUAGAGGAUGUGGAGGUUUAGAGGAUGCGGAGGUUUAGAGGAUGCGGAGGUUUAGAGGAUGCGGAGGUUUAGAGGAUGUGGAGGUUUAGAGGAUGUGGGAGCAGCCAGUUCCAGUUUGUGAUCACAGCUCAUCUGAUUUCUCCUCUGGUCGACGCCUGGCUCUGCUCAGGACUUGGUGGAUUUUUUGCUUUGAAAUGAAUUUGGUGUGAUUUUGAUUAUUUCUCGUCCUAAAAAAACUUUAAGUUGUGCCUCAGUCUGUUGUGAGUGCCGCCCUGUAAACACCCACUCUGGCGGUAAGAGGUCAAAGGUCAUGACCCUGAGCUGGUCUGGAGUCUGAGCCUUGCUCAUGGACACUUGCAUUGGUGGACAGAGACCUGAGGGAGAGGACAGGUCAAAUACCUGCGGAGUUUCUUUUCAAAAUAAGACGUUUUUAGCACAGUGGAAUAAAAUGACCUGUGAUCUGACAUCAGUGGUUUCCUGUCGUGGAAGGUGGCAGUCCGGUCUGCGCCAUCAGCUGAAGGACAAGGAGUCAGGACCCACUCCAAAACAGCUCAUGACUCAGCCUCUGCUGCUCAGAAAGCUUCGGUGAAGUGUCCUGGUCUUUUGUGUGCCAGGUGAGCUCAGGUGCUGGGCUGAGUUUCAGCAGCACAGGUUUGACUCACCUGUUCUCUGCAGAGGACACGGUCCUGUGCUGCCUCUGGGAUCAGUUUGAAAUGAAACCCUUCAGUGUUUGGAGACGUGUUAUUAGCUGUAACUGUAAUAUACUGCACAGAGCCUCCACCUGUAAACACACCUGCUGUCAUGUGACACUUAGAUCAAAUGAAGAGCUUCUUUCCAAAGUGAAAUGUCACCUGGAAACACCUGAGAGAACAGGCUUCAGCCGACCUGUUUGAGUUUGGAGGCUUAUUGUCAACCUUCUCUUCAGGUUCGGGAGUUUCGAGGCUCGAUUUGAAAACCUGCUGCUUUUUAUUGUGUAUUUAUAUUUGAAAUCCUGACAAACUGCAGCCAGGAAAAGCUGCAGUGAAGCUUUUCUCAUUUCUUUCUUCUUCUUUAAUCACACAAAGUAUUUAUUACGAUUCUAAAACCAAAUUAAAGCCAAAAGAUUCGACCGAGCUGACGAGACGAUUCCCACUGAACCCCACGGAUGUUGUUGCUAAAGCUAAUUAGCUAAUUUUGUUGUAAAGUAACAAAACUCUAAGUCACUGCUCCAGACUCGUACAUGCUUUAUGUGCUGACUGCCUGAAAAUAUUGUAUUUUGUGUAAUUAUUAUUAUUAUUAUUAUUAUUUACAAUUACUAGUUUUUUAAAGGACUCUCUGUGCUUGGUGACAGACUUGUAGAUAUUUUUUUAAGACAUUUUUCUCUGUUUUACUUGAAAGUGGCGUUUUUUUCCUUUGAGGUUUCUGCUGCUGUGAUUAGAUCACGUGUUCACGACUUCACCUUUCGCUUUAACACUUUUUAUUUUUGCUUUUUACCAAACGAUCGUCUCAAACAUGCAGCUGUGUUCCUGACUCUGAGGAACUUAGUCUGUUUUUCUGUUAACAUAAAGUGAAACUGUGUAAAAAGUUUAAACAGAUGUUUGUACAGUUUUUAGGGAUUAAAGCAGAUCUAUUUAUUAACCUGGUGUAAAGGUGUAUGAAGGGAAAGUUUAACAGAAAGUCAGCGGCUGCAGUUUAAAUUCAGCUUUCCUGUAAAAUGAUGUAGGAAAUGAAUGAAGUCUGGUUGUUGUUGACCCUUUGUGUGCGCCACCUUAAAGGCGGGAACAGCUGGACUCCGCUGAGGCGGUGGGGUGAUGCCUGGUGUGAGUACACAUUCAUUCAUUCAUUCAUUCAUUCAUUCAUCAUCCAUCCAUCAGCUGAAUGAUCUCUGUGAGUUUUUAAACAGUUCAGUGUGUGAGAGAACAGUCGCCUUCAGGCUGAACCUCACUGGAACAUCGGCCUCACACACAAACGUCUGCCGCUGUUUUCUCAGUAGAACAUGAGAUCAGUCCAUCAGCUGGUUGGACGCGUCGCCUGCGUCCUGCAGUUACCCAUAACACCCCUCUCUGAGUGGAUCCACUCGAACGCUUUCCUGUGUCUCUGCCGAACCAUAACCAUAUCCCAGUGUGUUGCAGUGAACGGACCAAGUCUUUAACCAGCAGCAAAUGUCCCUGUUCUUUUCAUUCUUAUUGAAUGAAUCUGAGAAAGCAGCGCGCUGUGUCCGAGCUGCAGCCGGGGAUGAGACGCGGGGAUGAGACGCGGGGAUGAGACGCUGAGCCGCUUCACAGAGUUGGGACGCGCAGGGACAGGAAGCAGAUUUGUGAAGGUUUUGUCCACUUUGCUUCUCAGAGCAAAAGAACCGCUGCAUUUCCCAUGUUCCACUUUGAUUGUAAGACCAUUACCGUGGGAACCGGAGCGCCAAUGCUGGACGUCACUCACACAUGUACAGUACAGUAACACUAGCCAGAGGUGAUGUCGGCAGCUGAACUGUGUCCGUCACAUUUAUAUUUUAUCGUCUUCAGUGGCCAAAGGCAGAGCUGAACCUUCAGACUGAGGCCUGAGUGAGAACCGUUGUCAGGUCCAGUUUGCCUGUAAAUGAUUAUAUUGUCCUUUAAUGUGUUGAGUGAAACGUUAAAGACAGAUUAUAGAAGCUGACCCUGGUGUACAUGAGGUACACACAGGUGCUGUUUUCCUUUUUCAUGAGAGUGACAGAUUUAUCAGUAACAACAAUAAAGGAAUAUGUUGUAUAUCA